AUGAUGCUGGACGUGAAUUUUUUACUUACUUUCAUUUCUGUUUUUUUUUUUCCUUUGGUUUUUGUGUCUGUUAGGCGGCAAUGGGUAAGAGAAGAAGACUUGGCAAAAGAGUUGAAGCAGAAUGCCAAGGAACUUCGAAAAUUAAUUAGGUUUUUUGAAGAACAAAAAUUUCUCGUUCGUUACCACAGGAAAGAGACUGCAAAGCGUGCGAAGAUGUAUAGUUUUGCAGUGGCUGCUACAACUGAUGGCCGAGCAGAAGAUAACGUUAAGUUCCACACACACUCAUAUUGCUGUCUUGAUUAUGCACAGAUAUAUGAUACUGUUCGUUAUAAACUGCACCGGAUGAAGAAACAGUUCAAAGAUGAACUAGAAGAUAAGAAUACUGUUCAGGAGUAUUGCUGUCCUAACUGCAAAGUUGAAAUGAAACCUCUGAUGGAUCAAAUAAAUAUAGUAAAAGACCUACCGUUUCCUGGCUUUGAACCUUUUCCGGCAUGGGAGGCUCGUGCAGCUAAGGCUGCUCGUGAAAAUGGUGUUCUUGACCCUAAUGAUCCUUCGAGGUCACAGGGUGGGUAUGGUUCAACACCAAUGCCAUUUCUCGGAGAGACAAAGGUUGAGGUUAACCUUGGUGAAGAAAAACAAGAUGUCAAAUCUAAAGGUGGAGAUUCUAGUUUGAAAAUUUUACCUCCAUGGAUGAUCAAGCAAGGCAUGAAGCUGACCGAGGAACAAAGAGGAGAGAUGAGGCAGGGAGCAGAGGUUGAUGGAGAAGCAGCAAAGCUUUCAGAUGACAAGAAAACAGUCUUGGGAAAUGGCGAUGGUGAUAAGGAUGUGAAGGAUGAGUAUGUGAAAGCUUACUACGCCGCUUUACUGAAGCAGCAAGAAGAGCUUGCUGAAAACCUGAAUCAGCAAGAAUCCGCAGGUGAAUCAACCACUGACAUUCAAUUGGCUACAACAUCUCCAGAUCGUCAGGUUGGUAUGAAAUCCAAACGUGAAGAGGAAGAAGAAGAAGAAGAAGAUGUUGAGUGGGAAGAAGAAGCUCCUGUUGCAGCCAAUGGAAACGACAAGGUGGAUUUGAAUGUGGAAGCAGAAGAUGAAGAAGAAGAAGACGAUAUUGAUUGGGAAGAAGGCUGAACUGAGAGCAAAUCGUUCAAACUAGUAAACUCAUAGAGUUAAGGUUAAUUGUUAAUUUUUCAUGAGCACUAACAGUCACUUAACUUGCUGAAA